AUGGCACAAUUGCACGUCAAAGAUUCGCCAGUAGCAUCAAAUAAUCUGAACGAGCAAGCCAAAUCAAACAUUAAAAGAGCAGGUCUCAAGCUAGAUGAGGAUCAAACUCAAGUGUCUUCGUCCUCUACCAAGGCCCCUAGCCUUGAUGGCAAGUCUACAACAUCGGGUACAACCUUCGCCUUUGACGAGAAGGAGUCAUUACGACCCGACGAUAGUGCAAGUGUACAAGCUGUAGACGACGAUGAUAUUGCCUCUGGACCGAUGUCUGGCGCGCCGAGUUCCAGGAUUGGCUCGGAAGCUGGAAAUAGAGCUUUCCGUGAUCAAUUCAACGAGAUAUCAGCAAGUUCCGCCGCAGUACAUCCUCGUUCGCACCCGCUUAGUCAAGGGAUCACUUCAGAUGCCAAAGACGAGGGGCUCCAAAUCAAUACCCUGCCGACUGUGCCUGCAGUAGUGGCGCAGUCGGUGCCCCAGCAGGAGGUCUCUCUGCCAGCAAGACCUCCGAUCACGCACGAAUACCGAGAACCAGAUGAGAAAUUAUUCGAAGCUCUCGAUUCGCCUAAAGAUCGCAUGUUCUUACUGCGUUUAGAACAGGAGAUCAUCAACUUUGUAAAGAAUUCCUCCCCUACGCCCAUAGCGCUUCUCGUAAAAGGUCUUGCAACAGAACCCAAUCCCAACACUGUGCCACCUGCCACUCUGCCUGCCAUGAAGAUUAUGCGGCGGCCUGGUCUUCAUAACAAAGAUGGCCAAAUCCAGAGCUCGGGACCAGGCACCACUGAGAGCUCAGUGGUGCCGUCUAAAGCGGGUUCGGAAACCGGUGAUGACAGCCAGCACGGUACAGGUGCCGUCUCUCCAACAGAGUCGACUCUGGCAAGGGACAAGGCUGCUCUGAGCCGCGCAGAGAGGGAAGCGAGGUACAAAGAGAAGCGCGAGCAGAUCUUUGGACCACAAAAUGAAGAUGACGAGGGCAACGAAAAAGUCAACGAACUAUCACGUACUAGCUCGAGGAACGAGGAAAAGAAAAGGAAGAAAAAGCACCGGAACAAUAACGACGAUUUCGAAGCGAGGUCCCAGUUCAACGCUUAUUAUCCUACCAUGCAAUAUACGGUCCAUCCAUAUGCUGCUGGUGGAGGAGGCUCGCCCGCUCUUUUCACUCCUUAUACUACGCCUCUGCAAGCACCACAAGCGACUCAGCCAAAUUGUUUUCCUACCACAAUGGCUCCGCAAGGCUAUCAACAAGCUUUCCAGACGGCUAUGCCAACCCAAGCCAUUCCCGUCAUGGUACCUCAAAAUGGCAUUCAAAAUGUUUUCAACUCCCAGAGUCCUAUGCAAGGAUUUGAGCAGCCACCACAGACCCAGUAUUUUGCCGUAAUGCAAGGACCGAUGAUGAUGAGCCCGCAGCCGUCAUCCAUAUCUUCGCCAUCAAUUGAUGGAGGAGUGUUUUUCUCGCAGCCGCAGCCGCAGCCGCAGCCACAAAUGCACAUGCAAAUGCAAAUGAAUGAUCCUCAGUCGCCUAGGAAUGGGUACAACCAACCUUACACGCCUCAAAUUCACCAGCAGCAACAAUUUAACACGCAGCCUACUCCCUACCAAUUUGGCCAAUUACCAUACCAGCCAAGCAUGCAAACCGGCAAAUUAGCCCAUCCUUUGCCCGGAAGCUAUAACCGCCAGCAACAAACGUUUAAUCCUCAAAUUCGGUCCUUCGUGCCCAAUGCUCCUGCGUCCAGCGCACGAACUCCACCGCAUACCGGCAACGCCGUACCUCAUAGCAUUCGUGGCUCUGCAAACCCCAUACCGAACGGCAAUCACUUCUCCCAGACUCCUUCACAGCAUGGGCCGAGCCCAAAUCAAAAGGAUAACCAGCUUCAGCAAAGCAGCGAGGCUCGUAAACCAGUUGUACACACUAAUGGAACGAACUCCCCAGCGCCUAGUACCCUGUCAAAAUGGAGUACCCCGGCAAACUUGCCCCGUAAGCCACCACCUCCAGAAGCUCCAAGUAUGCCGGAUUCGCUCCCUGUGAAUAAUCAGUUCACUCCCAACAUACAGCCAAUAACCGCGGGGCAACCCAUGCCGCACUAUCAGAAUGGCAUAUACUCAUUGCCGAACACUGGAACACAAUGA